AUGUCGUCCGUGUACAAUCUCGAGCCGCCGCCGACGGCCAAGGUCAUCCUGCACACCACCGCCGGCGACCUCGCCCUCGAGCUGUUUGCCAAGCAGACCCCGCUGGCCUCGCGCAACUUCCUGCAGCUCUGCCUCGAUGGCUACUACGACAACACCAUCUUCCACCGCCUGGUUCCCGGCUUCAUCAUCCAGGGCGGCGACCCCACCGGCACCGGCUCUGGCGGCGAGAGCAGCUUUGAUGGCGAGCCCUUUGCCGAUGAGUUCCACUCGCGCCUCAAGUUCAACCGCCGCGGCCUGCUGGGCAUGGCCAACACCGGCAAAAAGGACGACAAUGGCAGCCAAUUCUUCCUGACUCUCGCCCAGACCCCCGACUUGACCAAGACCAACACCAUGUUUGGCCGCAUCGAGGGCGACACCAUCUACAAUCUGAUGAAAAUGGGCGAGGCCGACUUGACCGACGAGGACGGCAGCGAGCGUCCCUUGUACCCCACCAAGAUCACCGGCACCGAAAUCAUCAUCAACCCCUUCGAGGACAUGGUCAAGCGCAUGCACACGGCCCAGCCCCAGGCCCAGGAGAAGAAGGGUCCGAAAAAGGCAAAACGCAAGGCCGCGAAGCAACUAUUAAGCUUUGGUGCCGAUGAAGCCGAGGAGGGGGAUGUCGCACCAGUAGUCAAGAAGCCCAAGUUCAACCCCAAGCUCGUCAGUGCUGGCGACGACGACGACGCCGCCGCCCCCGGCCCCGCUCCUCGUAAAGCCGCGCCCAAGCAACCAAAGCCCGCAAAGCCACCUUCGCCCAAGCGUUCGCCUUCCCCACCACCGCCCAAGGCGAAGGCCGCACCUCCGCCACCGCGCCGCUCCUCCCGGUCGCCUUCCGUCUCGUCCGACUCUGAGCCCGAGCAAGUCAACAAAAUGUCCUCCCUCCUCGAGCGCACGAACGCCCAAAUCGCAGAGUUGAAGGCCAGCAUGAAGCGCAACACCGGAUCCGCUCCCAAAGAGGCCCCGAAGAAGAAGUCCGCCCUGGAAGCCAUGAUCCCAGAGUCUUCGACCCGCGGCCGGAAGAGACGGGGCGGCGCGGCCGACGCCAAGGCCGACUCGCAAGCCAUGCAGCUGUUCAACGCCUUCAAGACGAAGCUGGAGAGCGCCCCGAAAGAAAAGACGCCGCCGCCGGCGACCGCCGAGCCCGAACCGCGGCAGGUCCCCGCCACCAAGGAGAAGGCCGCCGUCGAAGAGGUGGAGGAUUCGGAGGCCAUCCUGUGUGACUUGCACUUCAUCCCCAAUUGCCAGUCCUGCCGCGCUUGGGACGACGCUCCCGACGCCGCGGCCGCCGCCAACGACGACGACAACGACGCGGGCUGGAUGAAUCACGCCCUCAGCUUUGAAAAGGACAGGCUUGGAAAGGACCUCGAGUGGAAGAGGAAGAAUGAAGAGGAGCUCGUCGUCAUAGAUCCCCGCGAGAAGGAGAAGGAAAUCGUGGGCGACAAGAAGGCGAAGAGGAACAAGGAUGGCGGUGAUGCUGGGCGGGACCGAGAGAAGAGGGGUGGAGUCGGUGGUGACCGUGAAGAGAAGAGGAAUGACAGGGGUAGGGGAGGGGGUGCGGGAGGGGGUGCGGGGCGUGAUAGAGGUAGUUGGAAGGACGAUAGGGAUAGGGAGAAUAGGCGGGAGAGGAUUGUAAAGAGUAUGGGUGCGAGGUGA